AUGGUUGUGCGAGCCACCAUUGUCGAUGCUGGACAGUCACAACAUGACCAUCAAUACUGCACCGUAUUCAGCCUGGAACAGAUUAAGGUACUCCAAGAGGCCUUUGACAGCAACAUGUUCCCGUCGAAGGAGGAAAGCCAGGAACUGGCUUCAAGGCUCCAGCUUAAGGAGCUGGUGGUGAAGAUGUGGUUUAGAAAUCAACGAGACAAACUUCAGACACAGCAGCAAAACCAUCAGUGGAGGUCACCUCUGGCAACAUCCAGUCAGGCCAAGGUGAAAUCCCUGAAAGAUGAUGAGGUCGGUGAGGUGUUGGUGCUCAAGGCUGACUAUGCUCAACUGCCAAGUACCAGGGGCUCAGACAACAGUGACCUGGAAUCAUGGGAGAAUUUUAGAGCAAAGCAACCUGAAGAUGCUGCCUCUACAGCGAAGUGUGUGGAGCAUUCUGAGCUUUUGGGCAUCUAUCAAAGCAGCCCGAGGAUGGUCCAACCUCCCUGGGUAUCUCUGGCCUUUGACAUAGAUACAUUAGUGAAAAUGUAUGACUUGCCUGGGGAUGAUGACCCCCAAGACUUUGAUAAGUAUCUCUACCCAGGGUGCCUUGACUGA